AUGAUCUCCCGGUCAGGGCCAGCACAUGUGAUACCACAGCCAUCAAGGGUGAGGAUUCUCUUUUGGUAAUGCUCUGAUUGGUCAAAAGGGGCUGUAAAUUAUGUAAAACAGUGCAAAAGUAUUAAAGGAGGUUAAGUGACUUAUAUUUCAUAAGGAUAUUGCUGUUUUAGGUCAAAUAUCUGCUGAAGUCAUUAAGUACCUUUACCCAUAUGCAAAAUCCUUCUUUAGAGUUACAAAGAAACUAUGAAGCAAAAUUAAUCAGAAAGCAAUUACUACUUUGUUUUGUGUCUGGUUAUUUUGCUGCGAAGCAUUUUACAAACUGCCCCCCCCCCUCCCCCUCCAAAAAAGGUAACCUAUUUGUACAACUCUGAUCAGAAAGCUUUUGUUUUGGCUGGACUGUGCUGGUGACCCAGGGGAGGCAGUUGUUCCUAAAAAUAUAUUAUUUAUUGAUAGUGAACCGAGGAUCAUAGUGAGGGAUUUUGGGAGUUUGGUCUACUAUCUGGUAGCAAAAAUCAGCCUCAGCUGGGUUUGGCACCCCGGGGCGGGGGGGGCACUUGGGUAUUUUUUGGGUGGGUAUGUGCUGCCCAGGACUCCAAAUUGGCACCCCGUUCUAAAAAAAUUUCCCCUAAAAUUGAUACCCCGUUCUAGGGUGCAAAGAGUACAACAGUUUGCUUGUUAACGCAUUGAACCAUAUUUUUAAAGCAAUCUGUCCUUGAAUAAUUUCAAAUGGCUGCUUACAAAACAGGAGCUUUCGUGCGUUCGAAAUAUUAUACCCCGUUCUAGAAAACGCCUCUGAAAUGGAUACCCCGUUCUAAAUCAGGAGCUUCAAAAUCACGACCCCGUUGGGCGGCACAUCCCCGUAUAGGUAAUCAGGGUUGUCACUAAGAUUUCAAGUUGCCAGGUAAAUACAACAAGUAGGCGGUGAAUCAAACGGCUAGGGAUUUCUUUUGGUUCUAUUUUUCUUCUAUUUUCCAAUAAAAGUAGCCGGGGGCCACUCUCUUAGUAGCCAGCGAAAAUCCCCGGCCCCCGGCUCUUAAUGACAACCCUGGGUAAUGUAUGGGAGUACCCCCCCCCCCCUGGGGUUUGGCAUAGGCUAUGGGUUUCAGGGUCACAGUGGCACAUCCCCAUCCAAAGACUCCUAAAGUCCCCCCUCUCCCCUCCCCCAGUUAAAUGGUCACUCAUGCAUCAGCAAGUGACCUCUUUACUAUUCUAGCAGAAAUCACACAAGAAAUUUUCUGAUACUGUCCUUUACACGUUUACUGUGCACUAACCCUUUAAGUCCUAAGCCUGACCGGUAUCUAAUUCCUCCUUCAGACAACAAUGCAAAAUCAAGAAGAAAGGUCCAGAAAUUAUUCUUAAAGAAUUUUUAUUAUUAUUAUCAAUGGAAUUCUCUUGAUUAGCAUUAACAAUAACUUAUAACUUCUAACUAAUCUGUAUGUUAAUAAUGUAAGCAUACACGUAGAGAUAUAAAAGAACAUAAAUUUUGAUAUUAGUAGUAAGUGUGUUAACCAUCUUAUGUGCAAAAACAAACUAUUUUGGCAUUUCCCAUUAAACCUGCAAGGUCAAUGAAAUUUAAAAUAUAUUAAUUUAAAUGUAAAUUUUACAAAUAAAUUGUAUAUUAUAUUAAAAAAUGCAAUUUCUCUUUGUUUCCCUGGAUAAAACGAUAUAUCUAACCUACAAAGCUAAAACUAAGCAAUAAACUUAAUCGUCAACUUAGAACAGUAUCAGUAAAUCAAUGGCUUUUCGAAUUAAACGGUUCCUUUAAGACGAUUGUAGCUGUAGGCCUCUUGUUCAAGCUAAUGAUGAAUACCUUUAGAAAUUUUGGCACCGUAUAAUAAGUCUGGAAAGAAGCCAGUAAUUGCCCACAUAAGACUUUUUUUGUUAAACCCUAAGUUUCGUUUACCUUUGUGUUUUGGAGAUCCACUUAUGUGUAUAAAACAAAGUUCUUCGUCAUCUUCUUCGAGGCUGUAUUUAUUCAACAGUGCAUCUUUGAAAGAAAGCUGUCUUUUGAAGGCCUGAGAAUCCAUUAUCACUACAAUACCGAGAAAGAGUAAAAAGUAAUUAUUAGACGAAAGCUUGACCAUUCAAGUACAGAAAUGAACAUUUUUUGCUGAACUUUCAAAUCCGGCUUUGCACAUUUUUUUUGUGCUCAUUCAUAUGCGAGUCACGCAAUGAAGCGCGAAAGUAAGCCAAUCACGCGCUUUGAACCUGUCAAAAUGUUGCCUAAAAGGGUUCAUUACCUCUCUUUGUGGAUAAGCACGAUGAACCAUUAGACGCUGAAGACUUUCAAAGGCAACUUUUUACCUAUUUUCUUCGGAAAAUCACACGGAAAAAAUUAUUGUUAUUGUUUUUGAGUGACCGCAAAGGAUCAAGGAGUAUUAGAGAAAGACUGGUACCUUCUACGUCAUCAUUUUGCUGCCCAGGCUACACCGAGUGGUACACAAUGUUUUCGUCUUCCAUUACACAACUGGCUCAAAUUUAAUACCGGCUCCAAUUCCUCAUUGUAAUUUCCUAACAUUGGCUGAUUAUGUGAUCUAAUUGUUCACAGAGUGGCUCUUCCUAUUUCCUUCAUUGCAAGCGACGCUUACGAGGAAUAACGACCGAGAGCGACUUGUUUCUGCCGAUGAUGUUGCCGAGUUCCUGGAUUUUCGCAAGAAUAGCGUUUUAUCCAUCGCUUUUAUGGGGUAUAGCCACAGAAAGCUCCACCAAAAGAUGGUAUGACCGAAUAGACACUCAUGUGAUACUAGGAGCUCUGCCGUUUAAGAGUCAGACCAGGGAAGUAAGUGUAAUUAAAUUUCAUCAUGUACUCCCACAUCAUUAUGCACCUAUCAAUGUAAACCCCGUGGGGGGGGGGGGAGUGCGGGGUAGGGAUUUGACAAAUUUUAAAAUUUUUUGAUCAAAUUCCCCAGGGUGGGAGACGAAAGGUCAAUCAAAAGAGCCAAAAAAGCCCCCACCCCAGGGGAAAAAAUCUAAACAAACAAUACUUUAAUACUGUAUAAAACGAAUUAAAAGAACAUUUCAAAAGUACGUCAUUACUAAACGUAAGCUCCGUUAAAUUACUCGCUGUAAUUAAGUAUUUUCUCUCUCCACUAGCAUCUCUUAUUUUGAACAACAAAAUCACUCUAGGAAGAUUGACCGUGCUAUUAUAAUAUUAAAGAAACGUAAAAUGCUUUAUAACAUCUGCUCAACAUUUCAGAACAGGUCGGAUCAGUGACCCGUAAAAAAUGGGAACUUGAAGAUAAAAACUUUCUCAAAAUAGACAUUAUCUGUUUAGAUGACAGUUUAAAGUAUCGGAUUAUGGCGAUGAAAACAAAUGAAAACUUCACACCUUUCUCCAACAGUGUGACUUUCAGAAAGCCUCGAGGGACGGACUUGGUAACCACUUCUGAAUUGAUACCAGGCUUCUGUCGGUCAAAGUCAAAUGUUCCGACACCGGGAUCUCUUCGCACGAUCAAAAGCCCGACGGGGGGGAUAGUCUCAGGCAUCAAAUCCCCGUCCUUUGCCCACACUCCCUCCCCAUGGGAUUUACAUUGAUAGGUGCAUUAGAAUUCCUCUGAAACAGAGGGGUAUGGGGCGAGUCUCUAUUAACACUGUGCCGCCUUAGCCACCUGCCCCCCCCUCUUAUACCAGUUGUAGGCGCAUUAGGGAGAUUUCUGUGUGGUCAGUGGCAUUUUUUUGUAAGUUUCUUUAUGCACAGUACUAAGUGAUACCUGAAUGGGCAAGUAUAGUAUCUUCCAUCCAAACACCCUAAGUGAGACCAAAAUCCACCCCCCCCCCAAAAAAAAAAAAAAUACACCCCAAAGUGAGACAAGAAGCAUCCCCGUCACUUUAAUAUGGGAGUUGUUCCUGAAAGGGAAAUUAUCACGCGCAUAACUAAUCCCAGAUUGGUGCUAAAAAAACUGGUUUAACAAGUUUUUCAACCGCCUGCUUCUAAAAAAAAUAUGGUGCGAAGAAUUGGCGACAGCACAAGGUUUUCUCUCGUCUGCCUUGGAGAUCGUCUUGUAGGAUUUCUACUAGUAGAUAUUUUAUUGACUCUCGGUCAAACCUAUAUCUGCUGUACAGUUCUUUGUCUGUUAGUUGGUCAAGGUCAAUUUCUCACUGUUGGAACCUUCUUUCACGUAUUUGUGAAACAGAAAGUCCACCAUUUUGUUUGUUUUGACACAUUUUUUGCCGAUUAGUGAGUUAAUCGUCCUCGCUUGGUGGGUUAAAUUUAACACGUCUACAGUUUAUUCCUAGAUUAUAGUCUUAAUCGUGCUUUCAGGAACACAAUCUAAUCGUGGGAUAACAUUUAUUUCGCGAUAAUUGGGGAUAUUUAAUCCUGGAUUAGCGAUAAUCUGCUUUCCAGGAACUGGGGCCAGGUUAGUGCUAAUUGACCUUUGAAAAACUGGGCCCUGAACUUCAGAUGAGAUAACUUUAAGGAGAUUUGACUGUUAAUCUGCAUGAAACAUGAUAAAGCUUAGAGCAAAACUGGUGAGAUUUAACUGAAUGUAAAUAUGGUGAAAAAGUUCUCCCAGGCUAGUAGGGUGGGCCAGAUUUUGGGGGUGUGUGGUUUAAUUUUUCAUUUAAUAUUUUUGAGUACAAUAUGGCAUAUUACACUUCACUCAGCUGUGUAUUUAUUGGGUGAAUAAUGGGGAUAUAAUGGUAUAGUUAUACCUCUGAUCCCCAAUUAGAGCCUGCUAUAACAUUCUGCUUCUUGUGGUGAGUCUCGAAGUCUCACUCUUGUGAGUUUCAAUGAUCAGUGUCUAUAACCUUUUCAUUUACAGCCGCCUUGCACUUUUAAGCAAGGUCAAUUGCUGCAAAUCACAGAUUAUACCCUUCACCACCUCUAAGUGGCUAUUAAUUUUUUUUCUUCUUUCUUUUAGCUGGUGGAAAAUGAAAAUGUUGAAGCAGUUGUAACUAUGAAUGAAGAUUAUGAAACAAGAUAUAUUGCCAACAGCAAACAGGUUAAUGAAAGUUUACAAACGUAUCUGACAGGGGUUUCAAUAAGCACCGACAGCUGACAAAAUGUGUCGGCUACUUUGCUCAUAUAAGUCGGCUACUUUUUUCUAGAGGAAGAAGAACAAGUUUGAAUAACUUUGGGAACAAAAAAUAUAAUUAUCGUAAAAUCUGAAUGAAAAUGUAAUUAUGAUGUGUUUUCAUGAAGGCCCACUGGUUUUAUGUUAUGCUUUAGUCAUAUAAAUGCUAUAUUUCAGUCAAUUUUCACUGGUUUCUUUAUAGGUUUACGUAGAAUUUGUUAUUGGCAAAAGUACAUAAUUUAGUUUUCAUCAUUUGUUCAUUGCUCAUUGAUUGUGACUGAUCGAUCAGAAGUUUAACGAAAGCGACACUGAUUUUCUUGAAUGAAAAACACGCUCUCUUGUCCUCAAUUUAGGUCUCAGAAUGCUGAAAAUUGCAUAAUUUUUAGGGCUUUCAAUUUUCUAAAUUUUCUGGGGAAGCACGUCAACCCACCCCCUUCCCCCCACCCCCCAUUCAGGGACUGACAAGCCCCUUUUGUUACAGUCAGUUUCUCUAUUCAAACCUGCUGGCUACUGCAAUUUUUAUUGAAACCCAUGUCUGUACAAAUGAAUUUCUGGAAUGAUAAAAGGGAAGUACAUCGUAUGACUUGCAUUUGUAUGGGUUACACUUUCGUUAAAAGUUUUCUAAUUUGUUAAUAUUUUUCCUCUUCAUUGCUCACAAUUUGAUUUUUUAAGUUGUAUGAGGUCAAAAUGGCUGGAUUUUUGCCAAGUUCUUUUUGGCAUAUUUAUGGAAUGAGACAAAGUCUAAGUCAACAAAAAUGCCAAAAAAGAAAGCGGCCAACAUCCAGCCAUCUUGGAGAUGAUGACCUCUGGAGAUCUCAAAUCUGGAGACACUCUAUUUUGCACUACACCCUCUUCCCCCAACUGUCAACUUCCCCCGACUGUCAAUAGCCCCCGACUGUCAAUAGCCCCCCCAACCCCAUCCCCCCACCCACAAAAUGACCCAGAUGCCUUGGCUUAGGACAAAAUUCGCUUUCAUGAUUGUAAUGACAAAAUGAUCUUUGUCAGUGACUGAAUACUAGCAAAAAUGUCCAAGAAACCGUACAAUAAACAAAAAAAGAGUCAAAUUUUGCAGAAAAAUAGCGGCUAAAUUUCAAACUAAAGCACAGAAUAGCUCAAAAGUCCAUUUAUUCUGGGAGAUUUGGGGCGUGAUCCAUUCAAUCCAUUUAUUCCAACCAAAAGGUGGACCCAUUUUUUUGAAACUUUUCCCGUUGGACCAAACCGAUCCAUAUUGGACCGAAAUUUCCGAAAAUUUUGGUUGAAUGGAUCACGCCCUUGGUGACCUGUACGGGAGAGCGGAAGAUCAGUGCCGCAUCUGCGAGACUCCCGGAUAAUCUGGGAGAGUUGGCAUGUAUCCCAUCUUGACCAAACAAGCUUGGUCAAUAAAGGAUUCAUCAUAUGGCCCAAAAGAUCACUUUUUCCUGUCGGACCAUUGCCGGGAAGAUAGGAUCAUCUAGCCCACUUGGGUAGCCAAUUUGAAUGCCAUCAGGAUUCACUUCAUCUUACCAGCUUGUGGAUAGUGGUUAUUUUGAAUUUUUUUGUUAUUGACCUCACCAGGAAUGGGCAGAAUGGGGUGUUACUCAGCUGCAGUUGUCAACUGUAGAUUUUAACAAUGCACCAUCUCAGGAGAUGAUACAGAGGGGUGUGGCUUUUAUUGAAGAGAUGAACCAGAAUGAAAAAACAGUGUAUGUCCACUGCAAGGCAGGAAGAGGGCGGAGUACUACACUAGUGGCGUGUUAUUUAAUGAAGGUAUGUUCUGUUACUACUUACUACUUACAGUAUUCACCAGGCUUGAAAUUCACCAUCACAUUUCUAUCAUUGCACAUAAUCACAUAUAGCGGAAAUUCUAGCCCUAGUAGUACGCAGGAUGUUUGUCACAUGAACCUAGUUCACUGGCCUUAGCUCCCACAAGUCUCUUGUAGCUCAGUGGCAGAGCAUCUGGACUAGUAACCACAAGGUCAUAGGAUCAUAUCUUGUUGGGAACACUCAGAUUUUCUCUCCUGUGCCACCUGUAGCCUCUCAUGCAGGCAUUUUUAGGGAGUUGUAUUUCCUCCCCCCCCCCCUCCCCACUCCUGACACAAAGGGGGGAGGAAAUACAACUCCCCUAAACACCUGGAUAGGAGGCUAAGCCACCUGUGUUACUGACUGUAAAAAUAUCUUUCUUAAAUCAUGAUUUUAGUUUUUUCCAGGAUUAUUAUGAUUAUUAAGCUGUAUGUAAAAGUAACUCUCACUGUUUUCUUUUGUCACUUUAGGCUAAGAAACUUACUCCAGAGAAAGCACAUGAGUACAUCAAAAGUCGAAGACCUCACAUCUUACUUGCUUCUCGGCAAUGGGAGGCCAUUCGAUUAUUCCAUAAAAGCCUUAAUACUCAACAAGAUAAUGAUCACAUUUUAUAACAAUACACAACUUCCUCCCCAGCCCCAUGACAUUCAUUCUCUAUUCCAAAUCUGCUCAGUUCUGGAGCAUUGUUUUACCUUGUAAUCAAGUAAAAUACCUUACUUGUGAAACGCUUGUACCAAUUCAUGUACAUUAUGCUUUCCCUAUUUUACUGUAUAAAUGCAUUUUAAAAUGCCCUCUAAAGAACUAGAUAUAAACGAGGCUUCUUAAGUGGGCACUGUGGUAAAAAAAAUGUCUUGUUCUCCAAAUAUUGUGGGUGUUUCCCGUUUACAUCUCAGCGCCAUCUCGCUCGAUCGUAAAAUUUCCUUAGUAAUAUUACUGUAACAACAGUACGGCUGGAGCUGUCCUUGCAAAAAAUGGCUUAAAAUUUGUGGGAAAAAAGUGAUUUUGGUUAUUAAAAUUUGAAAUGAUUAAGUAAUGGACAAAGACAGGAUACACGUGCCAACUUAUAUUUAUACGGCCUUGUGUAAUAAUUAUGGAGCCUGGCCUACCUCAACAAGCUUUGCUAUGUGCAGUCUAAGGUCGAAGGUCGUCCAGUGCAUCCCUGAAUUGUAUAAGCCAAAGCAAUAUAUAAAACGUGUGCAAGAGAAAUGUUGCGUGUUUUCCCUCUUCUCGAGUGUUUCCUAAAAUUUCCCAAGUGCUCGUGUAACUCACGAACACGUGAGAAACGUUUCUUUACUAUGCGCGUGCUAAUCCUGUGGAUAAGAAAUACACUCCUAUUUAUACGCACGAACAACGUAGCAAGGAGGCGUGUAGAGCGAACUAUAAGCUUGGAUAUUUGUUAAGUGCCGUCUGUAAAAUACAACUUGACUAUCCACAACUAUAAAUGUAUAAAAUCUGGGCUAAAGUCUUAACUGAAAAAACCUUUUGAUACUACAAGGGAAAGGCGGGAACGCAUCCCUCAAGCAAAUGCAGGCGCCUUAGACUUGGAGGGUAAAAGGGACAAAGGAAAUACAAUGGAACCUCCCCCUGGGGAUACCUUUAUUCAAGGGACAUCUCCAUUCGAGGGACACAAAAUUUGGUCCCAGAAAAAUGCGGUUCACAUAAUCUUUGGGCACUCUUUUGCACGAAAAAAAAAACACUCUCAAAAAGCGUUCAUAAGUCUAAGCUUGCACAAGUCACAAGGACAACAGCUCUCACAACAUGAACUAUCUCAGUUAAAUCUAUGUACUGCACUCGUGGGAAUUCUACACACAACAUCGCAGAGAUGGGUUAAUCAUGAUUUCUUAAAAAGGUUCAAGAGCUGAGGUGCAUACAUAAUGACCUAAGAGCGUACCAUAGCGUGCGUGCGCUAUGGAAUAAAAUGAACUUGUUUCUCUUGAC